AUGUAUUCAGAAAGAAAAGUGAAAUUAACUCUUCAUUUGCCUUAAUUGGAACAAGGUGUCAAAUUUGAAUCAGAAGCCUAAACAACAACAUCACAAUCAAGUAUAUUUUUUGUAUUAAGAAAAGGAAUUCUUUCAACCAACAAAGGUCAUUAAACUGAAAAGAGAUUACACAAACACACAGGUACUUAAAUAAACAGUCCUAACCAACUCCAUCUUUAUACUCCAAAAUAAGAGAGUUUGAGAGCCAAAAGACUUAAAAACAUCCCUUAUGAGUUAUAAUAUUUCAUUCCUAAUCUCCCUAACAAAAACUUUAAAUCUAGCCAUCUAAUGAACAGAAAAUUAUUAGAAAUACCCAAAUGUACACUCUACAACAAAGAUAAAUGGCAAUUGAAUGCUCAUAAAACUAGAAUGAAUAAUGCAUUUAGUCUAGGUUAAAGUAGAAGAAUGGAAAACUAUAAUCUAAAAACAGAAUAACAGGAAGAACACAAUCAAAUUCGAAGGUAGAACAUAAACUAUGUAAAAAAAGAAAAAAUAUAAAGACUCAACAAAUAAAGAAUUGACACUCAAAAAUUAAUUGAUCAAUUUGCUUCUUAAUUUAAUUCAAGUGUGAAAAUAGAUCAUUUAGUAUGA